CAAACUAGCGCGCAACAAGUCUUGCGGAAUUAACUUGUGGAAUGUGAUUGUAACGCUGCAUGGUGAAUUGUGUUCCCAUGAUGCCUUGUGAGGAAAGGGAAUGGGCUCAUCUGAAUAAUUCCGCAGUGUGGGAGCUGUUUCCCACAGUGGUGUGUGCACUUGUUACUUCAGCGCACAAUAUCUAUCUAAUCUGUUCACGACAAACCUCACAACUGAGACUGAAAUUUUCAAAAAGUUUCGUUUACGGUCGUCGCUGAUCAACGAUGGGAAUCCCAAAGAUGCUCUGACACGGGGCUAUCCCAGACCACCAGGGCUGCGGCAGCGUCGCCCCCCCCACACACGUCCCUACCCCCCCAUCCAGAGAGGAGCAGCAGGAUGCCUGUGCCAGGCCCCUGAGCCUCUGCUGCAUCAGCCACACCUCCAGAGCUUCAGAGAUAAGUCCUCCAGCUGACAACGAUGGAUGAGAUAGACGCAAUCAAACUGAGGCUGGAGGAGUCCUUCAUCUCAUCCCAAAUAGAGCCCAUCAACAUUGAAGUAGAUCCCCACUACACUGACCUGCGGGCAGAUCUGGAGGCGGAUGUGCAGGGCUUCGAGGUGGAGACCUGGGGUCUGAGUGUAGACCAGCAGUACAUGAAGCAGCUUCAGAAGGAGGCCAUCAAGAGACAAGAGGUCAUUUAUGAGCUGAUCCAGACGGAGAUCAACUACGUGCGGACGCUGAAGAUCAUGCUGGGCGUGUUUGCGCGGGAGAUGCGCAACGUGCUGGACGAGGGCCGGCUCCAGCGGAUGCUGCCCCCGGCGGAGGGCCUGCUGGACAUCCACCAGAACUUCCUGCGCUGCCUCAAGGAGCGCCGGCUGCAGUCUCAGGAGCCCGGCAGCGAGAACAACUACUGCAUCCAGCGCCUGGGAGACAUCCUCUGCGCACAGUUCUCAGGGGAGAAGGGAGCAUCGAUGGCGGAUAAGUAUGGAGGUUUCUGCAGUCAUCACAAUGAUGCUGUCGGCUACUACAGAGAGCAAGUCCAAAGCAACAAGAAAUUGCAGUACUUGAUGCGGAAAAUCAGUCAGCUGACCAUUGUGCGGCGAUUAGAGGUGCCCGCGUGUAUUCUUCUGGUCACACAGCGCAUCACCAAAUACCCCGUACUGGUGGAGCGCAUCAUAAAGAACACUGAAGCUGGCACGGAGGAGCAUGAGGAGCUGGUGCGGGCGCUGGCCCUCAUCAAGGGCACCAUCAUGCAGGUGGACGGCCUGGUCAACGAGUACGAGAAGGCCCAGCGACUGCGGGACAUCGCCGGCAGGGUGGAUCCCAAGUCGCCGGGCCGGAUGAAGGACGGCCGCGAGCUCCGCAGAGAGGAUCUCCUGCGUCAGGGCCGCCGGCUGCUGCAUGAGGGCACCGUCAACUACAGGACCACCUCCGGACGGCUGAAAGAUGUUCUUGCUGUGUUACUGUCGGAUGUGCUGAUAAUCUUGCAGGAAAAAGACCAGAAAUACGUCUUUUCCUCCGUGGACAACAAGUCGUCCGUGAUCCCCCUCCAGAAGCUGAUCGUGCGCAACGUGGCGCUGGAUGAGAAGGCCAUAUUUCUGAUCUGCGCCUCGUCGGACGUGCCAGAGAUGUACGAGGUCCUCACCGGGUCCAAAGAGGAGCGAGACAUCUGGAUGAACCACAUCUGGGAGGCCAUUGCCAGCUGCCCAGAGGAUGUGGAUGAGGAGCUGGCUAGUGAGCAGGUUGAGGCCAAUGCAGCGAGGCUAAGAGACUUCCAAGAACAUCUGUACGCGAAAGAUACCCAGAUUGUGCAGCUUCUUGAAGAGAAGUUGCAGGCCUUUGCAGCACUAGCAGAGAGAGACGCAGGUGUGGAGGACACAACAGCAUACCGCCGCCUGCUGCUGCAUGGCACUACCCCAGACCUCCAACAGGGGGAGCAGCUGCUUUUAGGAGCCAUCGAUGAUGUGGUGGCAUUACAGGGGCUGCUGGUGACAGGAGAGCAGCAGGACGCAGCACCGGACACGGAGAUUAGCCCAGAGCUGGCAGCGUUACCCAGGAGGACCCAGACCUUCCAGGGCUACGACCACCUCAAGAGGAAUGAUGACCCGCAGGCAGAGGGCCCGCCCAAAGAGAGGAACCAGCGCCCCAGCUCCGACCCCCUGGUCAGGGAGCACUACCCCACAGAGGGCAUGGAGCUGUCGGCUGACGAAGAGGUCACCACUGCCGUGGAUCCUGUGGACUUUCCAUUCCCAAAAGCAGAGUACUCAGAGAAGCUGGUGGCACUCACCCAAAAACUGUGCACCGUACAGUACUCAGAGAAGCUGGUGGCACUCGCCCAAAAACUGUGCACCCUACAGGCGGUCAUCUCUGAGCACGACACCAACGCCGAGCUCCUGCGCGCCACCGGCAGCGGCGAGCGGGCGAACCGCCAGCGCGGCAACGUGCUCCUGGAGCAGGAGCGCCAGCGGCAGCUGGAGCGCCACCGCGAGGCGCAGGCCAACUUCCAGCGGCUGCAGAGCCAGCACCGGCAGGAGCAGGAGCGCUGGGAGCGCGAGCGGCGCCAGCAGCAGCUGCUGGCCGAGACGGCCGACGCCGAGCUGCGGCAGCGGCGCGAGGCCUGCGAGCGCCAGGAGGCCGCACUGGCCGCCGAGCGCGACGAGCUCCAGCGGCACCGGCAGGAGUACCAGGAGGACCUGGAGCGCCUGCGCGAGGCCACGCGCAAAGUGGAGAGGCAGCGCGAGGAGCUGGAGCAGCAGCGCCUCAAGCAGGAGAAGGCCAAGAAGUCCAACACCAUCUCCAACCCGGGACACUUCAGCUACGAGCUGGCCACGCAGUCAUUCUCCCAUGCGGCCACUGAAGACUGGCCACUGAUCGGCACGGGCAAGACCCACGUGCGGCCCAGCCUGUCCCAGGCCCCCUCCAGCUUCCUGGAGAAACCCCCGGAGGUGCCGCCUCGUCGCGAGAGCAUCAACCCCUCGCCCACCAAGACAGAGGUGCCCAUGCACCUGAUCAGCACCACCAACCAGGCCGUCACCAAGGGCGGCCCCAUCCAGCAGCAGAUCCCCACCAAGCUGGCCUUCAUCAAGGGCAAGGAGAAGGGCGGCAAAGAGAAGGGCAAGUCCCACCAUCGCACCAACAGCGCUGCCUCCAUUGAAGUAUCCCAGGUUAUACCUAUCAAAGUGACCGGAAAGGAGGGAGGCAGCCUGAAGUCCAAGAGGUCCAGCAGUCCUCGCCGUCUCCAUCCAGAUACCUUUGUUCGUCCGGACAAGCCGUCCAACGUGAAACCCUCUCAUACUGCCAGUAUGCAUCGGAAAGCCGGUCAGUCCCAUUCCCAUUCCCAUUCCCAUUCCCAUUCCCAAGACCCACAGUCACGCCACAGAAAAGGAAGCGGUACCCCCAAGGAGGACAUUAUCUUCUUUUAAUCGCCAUGUACAUGUGUGGAUCAAAACUGGGCAAAAGUGGGAAGCCUGGGAAAAGCACAGAUAGACUAUUUUUGAUCCUUGACAAGGUGACCUGGUCCACUGCAUAGGUAGUCUCUGUGCACUCUAUGUGCUGUAUUGUUAUUACAGAGAGGACCCUCCAUUUUUAGACCGACAACACGAGUUGUUUGGUUUUAGCGUUAUUUUCAUUCUUUCAUUUUAUCAUUUUGGCUUUAAUGUUUAUGCUGGUUGUCAGUUUGUCUUCUCGUCGCAAACCCAGCCAUAUGUAUUUAGUUUUUUACUGACAAGCCUUACGGUGUUCAGCUAUCAUCUCAGCUAUCACUUACUUCCAAAUGAACCAAAACAGGGCUUGGCUAGGUCAUAUGGAGGUCAGUACAAAGUCUAAAUCAUUCCAUUUACCAUUACUUACUAACUGUGGACUGCACAAUGUAUAUACAGAAUGUUCUGGCCUUGAUGUUGAUUGUAAGGUUCAUGCAUGUCAUGGUCUUUGGUGUGUACAUAGUUUGAUAUUACCUUUGUCUGUUAAGAUUUUGGUACUUGUUAUUUUAAUCACUUUUCCUGGCAAAGCUGGUUGCAUAUAUUGCAUAUGGUUAAAUAUGUCUAGUCUGACUCAUUGUUAAAAAAUAGAUGUAGAGUUGCAUAUUGCAAUAUUAAUAUGCAGAACAACACUUAACAGCUAUAAUACAGUCAUGCCAAAAUGUUCCAUGCAAAAUGUAAUGUGGUAUACUUCAGACAGGGCUGAUAUGUAGCACAUGUUACUAGAAAUUAGUCUGUGCUUUGUAUGAACAACCAACAUAGCACCAGUGACCUUUUUAAAAAUGUUUUCCAGAGUGUAGCCUACUGAUGACGUAUUUUUUAACUACAUAAUCGAUGAGCAAUUUUGUGGAUUGUGCUACAAAACUAUCAACUUCUGUAGCACUAGUGCUAUGGACAGAAAUCUCAACAUACAGCCCUGCUUCAGCUGACUUGCAAUCCCCAAUAUGAAAGCUUUACUAAAGAAAAUCUAACUUUGUCAAUGUAAAUAGCAAAUCAACUGAGCAUCGGUGUUGCUAAAUGACAAUGAAUCCUCUGGUUAGAUUGAAAUUGACAAAAUACAGUAAUUUCCCGCAUAUAAGCCUCAUUGUCUAUAAGCCGCAGGACAGUGUAUUAUGCAAGUUAAAAGAAAUAAAACCAUAAUGAUACCAUAUUAACUAUCCCCGUGAAUUAUCCUCAUAGCUGAAGAAAUUUUGCAAAAUCAGCAUAAGUCACGGCUAAUAGUCGGGAAAUUACCGCAAGCAACCUGUUUUUUUUUGUUGUUGUUCACGAGUCAUGGGACAUAAGUAUUAGCCUACAUGGACAUGUCUUGUUUAUGGCAUUUCUCCAGCCGUUUACCAGUCUGGACACUUCAGCUUUUUAAUCUGAUAUUUUCUGUACUUCUGUAACCUCUGGUGUAAAUAGAGAAUAUGUCUUUUAGAGAUUUAAUCCCUGUCUACUCCUGAGUCUUUUCUGGAUAUGGACGGCCAAAGAGAUAAUAAAAUGCUGUCGUUAACUAUUCAGUAGUAUUCUUUCUGCGGUACAGCAGCAUGGGUGUCAAGGUGAAUUUGAUCAAGUGAAAGUCAUGUUUACUUUUAAAUGCACAAACCUGUCAAAAGACAACUUUGCAGAUUCCCUUAAAAACUGGUGAAAAUGUGUAAAUAUCCAUUGUCUAUCUAUGAAGUCUGUAACAUUGUAUAGUUGUAAAGUAAUUGUGACAGUGGGGUGUGGGCAGUUGCUUCCUCGACAUUCAUGUGAUAAAGGGGUUUUAUGAGAAUGCAUCUCUUUGGUGAAGGCAUCUUUUCUUUCUAUUAUCAAGUGUUGUAAAUAAAAUAUUGUGCCUAUCUGGUAGCCUAAUUCCAAUAACAAUCUUUCCAAUUAGGUCAAAAUGUAGUGUUUCUUGGAUGCUAGCCUACAUAUUUGUCACAGAUUGAGAAACACACUUAACCAGAAAGCUAAACUGCUUUUCUUGUGGCAGACUGUUUCCAGCAACAGCACAAGCAGCAUUGAGUUGAGUUCUACUAAGAUAGCUCCAGGUUUUGUGGACCCACACACACACACCCAGGAGCAACUGCAGGCCCGAUUCAGUACUGAUCAGUGUGACAGCACAGGCGGGAAGUCAACAGCUGCUGGGCUCCCAGCGAAGCUUCUCACAGCCGCCUCGGUGCUGACUACCCUCUGCCACACUGAGAAUUCACCACUAAUGGCAGACGCUCCUCCCGACAGUUCACCCGAAUCAUUUGCCGGAGCUCCCGGCUUGUGCAGAUGUUGCCCAUUCUGAAGAUAGCUGGUGAGCUGCUGGCUGGUGUUUCAGCCUGUAUCAGUGAUAUCUGUG